UAUUAGAUUGACAAACACUUACGUUGUUUAUGAUUAGCGCUAUAUUUGAAGUGUUAAUCAAUUGAAUGUAUUAUUGAUUGAAUUGAUUGUUCGGUACUAUAGUUGAUGUCAACGACCAGUCAAUGGCAGACAACAAGUGUUUAUCACUCAGACUGACCACCGAUUUGUUAAGACAAUUGCUGAUACCAUGGAUGGUACCAAUCAAUGACAACACCAAUGAUGACAUUGUCGUCAAUAAACACUAUACCAAUGAUUGUGGUCAACGACAACCAGUCAAACGAAACAACAAAACAAAUAACAAACGUUUUGUCUCAGAUUUUAUCCAAUUCGAGGCUCACAAUGAAGACAGCGAUGAUUUCGAUGACGAAGAUAUUUUGACACAAACAGAGAUAAUUGGCGAACAGACACAACAGUUUGUCGAUGAUAUUGAAGUCACUGACAGUCAACCGAUUGGACAACUGAUUGAUGGCAUUGACAGUCGACAAACUAAAGAUAUGCAAUCAGUAUAUAUGCGGUCAGUUGUGGAUCAAUCGGUUGGCAACCGUUUUAAAUAUAAGCUUAAAUACGACUUCGAUCCCACUAUUGAUGUCUAUUCUCAAGAACCAAAUGAAUCGGAUCUCGAAGACUAUCAAUACGAUAGCUUUUGUGUGCCAAAUGAUUGUGUCGUUUAUGAUAGUCAUACAUCGGAUAAAGUGGACACCAGUUGUUCAACAAUUGUAGUCGAAGAGUCACCAAUUAGACCAAAAACACGAACAAAAAAUAAACGAUUCAAACGAAUUAUAUUCAGUCCAUAAGUAUUUCUUUCGGUAAUUGUUUAAUAUUUAUAGACAUUUUGUAAUUGUAUUACUAUAUCAAUCUUUUUGUGUUAUAAUCUAUUUAUUUGUCAUUUGUA